AUGUCGGCCUUACUGUCUUCAAUUUAUUUCAGAUGGUCUGCAAUUGCUGCAAAGCUUCCUGGAAUAACCGACAAUGAAAUAAAAAAUUAUUGGCACGCCCACCUGAAAAAGCGCAGCAAGAACAAUUCGUCAUUAACCACUAUAUCAGAAUUGGUGGGAACAUCCGAGGACGUUGAAUCUAAUUACAAGAAUGAUUCUUCUGGGAAUCAAGAUCUCCUACUUUGCGAUUCCCCAAAAGUGCCAAACAUGGAUGGCUUUAACGGUAUACAGACGUCACCACAAAUAUAUAUGUCCGUUAAUGAUGUGAUCUCUUCUUCAAGCAGUACUGAUCCUCUAGUUGAAGAUGUUAUAAACCAAUACAUGAUAGAUCAGGACGAGAUCAAUUUUAGUUCUUCCAACGCAUCUGAAAUAAUCCAAAGUAUAUGGGAGCAGCCACAUUUUUCAUUUCAGGACAUAGUCAUGCCUGAAACAGACCCUGAAUUUAUGGCUCCAACUACUGCGAGGUGGCACCAAGAGCCCAUGUAUUCAGAUGUUUGCUAUGAUACUGGCUAUGAUUUUUGGGUCGAUUAA